AUGGACAGUAUUGGCCAGGCAAAGCCCAAUGCUGAACAAGAAGAGGUAGUGAAGCCGGGGCGGUUGCAUCAACUUCCUCUUCCAGCAGAGCUAGAAUCCCUGGAGAGUCACGAUCUCGAGAAACUUGAGAAGGGUCUAGUACGCAGGUUGGAUAGCUGUUUACUUCCAGCUGUAGUUAUUCUUUUCUUGAUGAAUAUUCUCAACCGGAAUAAUGUCGCAAAUGCAAAGAUCGCUGGCCUACCCAAGACGUCGGGAAUAACGAAUACCCAGUACAAUACUUGUUUUAUGAUUUUCUAUGUUGGCUAUAUUAUCACUCAGCUUCCAUCCAAUCUGGUGAUCACUAAAGUGAAGCCUUCGGUCUACAUUGGUGUCGUCACAGCGGCAUGGGGUAUUGUCUCCAUGUGUCAGGCCUUCACGCACAAUUUCGCGGGGCUGUUCGUCUCCUCUUUAUACUUGGAAUGGCUUUUUAUCAUUGAGGGGUCAAUGACUGUUGUCAUUGCACUUCUUGUGAUCCCUUUUAUCCCAGACUACUUCCCCCUCGAUUCCAUAUGA